AUGCUCGGACAAACCGUCCACAUCCUCGGCGACUCGUACACGGUGGCUACGCCAUCCUCUGCCCACCGUACAUCGGGUCCCAAGCAACAUGACGAGUUGCAGGAUCUCUACUACAUGGACAUUGUUGGCACACGAUACGACUUUGACUCGCAGGCACUUCUCAAAGCGCUUCGCCGUCUGAAAUCUCGUCCUGUAUUUGUGUGCUACAAGAUGACUUACACGUCUGUGCACCAAACUUCAACGGUGCAUCCCAACAUUUGGCGGGUCUACUUUAACCAGCCUGCGAUGCCGUCGGUGCUGCUGGUCCAGGGCCAUCCUGUGGACCAAAUCCACCUGCAUGGCACCUCCUAUGGGUUCAUUGUGAAGGACUUCGUUAAAUCAACAGCUCCUCGCAAUGGUCGUCAGUCACCGCAUUCCUUGGCAUAUCUCCCAUGCCUCGCACGACAAGGUGUCAUCUGA